AUCUAAACACUGUCACAACCACACUAUAUAUCACGGGACAACGGUUUCUUGGGGACUGUGCCAAAUAUUUAUUUAUUAAUUCAACAAUUAAUGUAUCAAUCAAUCAAUCAAACAAACAAUCAAUUGCAUAUUUAUAUAUAAAAAAUAUUUUUGGGGUAUCUGAUAUACGAAGACAAAACAAGAAAAAAAAAAAAAAAAGGAACGAUAUUCAUACAUUUUGGAAAUCAGAGAAAAAAGAAAUCGAAAUUUAAAAACAAAAGGGAAACAUGAGGUUAAGGGGAAGAGCCGUUGAAAAGGCAAUUCUUCCUGACAACCACAUCACAGCGGAUUAACGUGAGGUGACUCUGAAAGACGAUUAGGGGUUCAACCAACUUUGAGGACACUACACGCUCUGGGUGACCACUAAACAUGGAUGUAGCCAAUGAAGCAAGUGCAGAGGGCUCAAAGCUGUGGGGGGGCAGAUUUGAAGGCUCUGUGGAUCCUGUAAUGGAAAAGUUCAAUGCUUCUAUCUCAUACGAUAAAGCUAUGUGGAAGCAGGAUAUUCAGGGAAGUAUUGCUUAUGCAAGAGCACUUCAGAAAGCACAGUUAUUGACUGAAGAAGAAUGCAACACCAUCAUUAAUGGUCUUGAGAUGGUGAAACAGGAGUGGACUACAGGUGCCUUUGUUAUUCAGCCAAGUGAUGAGGACAUCCACACUGCUAAUGAAAGGAGACUCAAGGAACUGGUUGGAGAUGUGGGAGGCAAAGUUCACACUGGGAGGAGCCGCAAUGACCAGGUAGCAGUGGACAUGAGGCUGUGGUUGAGGGAGCAUGUGCAACAACUGGCUCCUCACCUGCAAAGGCUUAUUCAGGUUUUGGUUGGCCGUGCUGAGAGAGAGAAGGAAAUUCUGAUGCCGGGCUAUACUCAUCUCCAGCGAGCUCAACCAAUUCGCUGGGCUCAUUGGCUUCUCAGCCAUGCCUGGCCAAUUGUGAUGGACCUGCAGCGUCUGCAAGGCUUAUAUACAAGAAUCAACGUGUGCCCUUUGGGUUCUGGUGCCUUGGCUGGAAAUCCCUUUCAGGUGGACAGGGAGAAUCUUGCUCAGGACCUAGGCUUCCAGGCAGUAACUAAGAACAGCCUCAAUGCAGUUGGAGACAGGGAUUUCAUUGUUGAGUACAUGUUCUGGGCUAGCCUGGUUGGCUCUCAUUUGAGUCGUCUAGCAGAGGACCUCAUCCUAUACUCAAGUAGAGAAUUUGGAUUUGUUGAGCUGUCUGAUGCUUAUGCCACUGGUAGCUCCCUCAUGCCCCAGAAGAAAAAUCCAGACAGUUUUGAGUUGAUAAGAGGGAAAGCUGGUACCAUGGCUGGUAAUCUGUGUGGCUUUCUCAUGGUUAUUAAAGGUCUGCCAUCUACAUACAAUAAGGAUUUACAAGAAGACAAAGUGAAGAUGUUUGAAACGGCUUCAACACUACUGGGAAUCUUACAGGUGGCUGCAGGGGCUGUGGAAACACUGAAGGUGGACAGUGAGGCAUGUCGGCGAGCUUUGUCUGAAGAAAUGCUAUCCACAGAUAUUGCAUAUUAUCUUGUGAAGAAAGGGAUGGCAUUUCGCACUGCUCAUGGAAAAGCUGGGGAGGUUGUGAAGCUGUCGGAAGAUCUUGGCCGUCCAUUCUCAGAGCUACCUCUUGAUCAACUAACUAAAAUCAGCUCACUGUUCACAGAGGAUGUAUCAUCUCUGUGGAAUUUUGAACACAGUGUGGAGCAGUACUCAGCAGUUGGUGGAACUGCACUUGCCAGUGUUGAUUUACAGAUAACACAAGCUAAAGAGUUCCUGAACAGCUUUUCUCUGUUUCCUCAGACCUCAGUGGAUAUUGUCUCUUAAAUCUCAUCAUGCUUAUUAAGUUGUAAAUUCACUUGUUGAAAGGUUUAGUAGUACAUAUCUAUUUCUUUGCUGGAAGCAAAGGGGGAGGUGGUACAACUAAAUGAAAACUAAUGUAUAUGUAAGCUAUGCUGAUCUACAUAUAUGCAUACAUGAAUGCUCUCUGCUUUUUGAAAAUAUUUUACAUGUGCACAACUAUUUGACAGAUGUAAAGGACACUAGGCAUCAUGUAAUAAAAACAAUUGUUAAUGCUUCAGUCCAUAAAAAAGGCAUUUUCUUAUGAAAUUUUGCACUACCUGCACUUAAAGAUAUACAUGUGUGAUUUUCUAGUUUUGGUAUUAGAUGUCUUGAUGGUCCCCCUAUUAGGAUGGUUAGUGAGGAAUUUGGUGCAUUUCUAUAAGGCAUAAAAAAAAUGGUACAUGAAAAUUGUUUCAACUCUGUUUCCCAAGAUUAUGCAUCUGUUAUCCUUCUCAAGACAGCUUAUGUUCCACUGCUUAACACUUUCAAUCUUUGCAUUUCUUGAAAAUACAAGUAGUCUUUUUAUGACAUUAGCAAGAAGUAAUUUAUUGGCAGCAGUGUUGCUGGUAAAUUGCUAUCUUUUAUGAGGACAAUUGCAAAAUGUGUAAGGAGUGACAUUUCCAGGUGGAUUUUCUUGGGCUGCCAUGCUGUCCCUUGGGAAUUUCUUGUUAAUUUUUACUAGAAAAAUGAUCUAUGACAAUAGGUCUUGCAGAAUUUGUCUAUUGUCAUUGCAGAAUUUGUAAGUUGAAACAGUAUCUGAAAAUAUCAUGUGCAGUAGCCAAUAAACACAUUAUGGUAUGCUUUCUGCAUCCAUCACAAACACAGAUAUCCUUGAUAAGGAAUGUAUUGCACAAUAAGCAAGACAUUUUCUUCUGCUUUUCAGAAUACAGCUUUUUAUUUUUGGAGGAGUGUGCACAAUACAUAAGUCACAGCUCCAUAAUCCUGGGUACAAAGGGUUGAAGUAGUUUUCGUGCACUCAAGGGCCUCUCUAGCCACCUGCAAGAUUUCAAGGAGCUGCACUAUCAUGAUUAUCUUAUGAAAAUGCAAAGAAUUUUCCAAAUGGAAACUGGUUCAAAUACUUAAUAUGCAUUAGGAGAAAAAUAAAAAAAUGGGAUUAAAACCAGUGCAUUUGUGGUAUUUGGCUUUGCAGCAUGUGCACUCAUUUAUUUUCAGUUAGUGUGCUUUCUUGUGUUCCUGUGCAUUUUUUAUCUCAAUUAAACUAAAUUGUUUUAAAAAAUAGUUGUUAAAUGUACAAUAAACCACAAAAUCUUAAGUAAUAUACAUAUUGAAAAAUUUUGAAAUCUGAGACUAUACCGAAAUGAGAUAUGUAUAAGUGAGACAUGAUGAUAGGUAUGUACUAUGUAACAAUAUGUACUUUGUCAGGAAUGCAAUAUAAUAGUAAACUUUUAAUAUGCCUAU